AUGGUUUUUAUACGGAAGUUCGUCGAAUACGACGAGCAUCGAACUCGUUCUCUAUUGGAUCAAAUAGCAGCACGAGAAGGAAGAAGUCAGAAGGAGACGGUGCUAGAAGCGCAGGUGGCUCACCCCGUACAUCCUUCUCGCACUCUGGAUCUCCUCGUUCCGGGUCGCCUGAAUCUGGCGAUGAAAAUCCUUUUGAAGAGUACACUAACGAUGCAUUUCUGA